ACUCUUCAAAUACCCCCAGGGUCCCGGCGGCUAGUAUUAUAUUCUCUCUAAUUUGACCAUAAACAAAAAUACCAAUCCCCAAUUGAACCCAUUAUCCUUUUUAUCCUUUCUUAGGGUUUCGAUUUUGAUCAAUUCUUGAGUUAUAUAUAUUCUAUCUCAAAUUCAUAAUUAUAGAAUACCCAUUUGAUUAUUCAAUUGAGUGUACCAUUUUUGUGGUUGUAAUAUUUUUUGGAUUGUUGAAGAGAUGAAGAUGUUGGAGUUAAUUGAUUCGGACUCGUUUGCUUGUUUUGGGUCGUCAAAGAAUGUGUUUCCACCUGGGUUUAGGUUUCAUCCGACAGACGAGGAACUUGUACUGUAUUACUUGAAGAAGAAGAUAUGUCGGAAGAGGAUUCUGCUGGAUGCCAUCGCUGAGACUGACGUGUACAAGUGGGAUCCUGAGGACUUGCCUGAUCUGUCUAAAUUAAAAACUGGGGACCGGCAGUGGUUCUUCUUUAGCCCCAGAGAUCGAAAGUAUCCUAACAGAGCACGGUCAAAUAGGGCAACAAAGCACGGAUAUUGGAAAGCUACGGGAAAGGAUCGAAUUAUUACGUGCAACUCGCGUGCUGUUGGAGUUAAGAAGACCCUAGUCUUUUAUAAAGGCCGAGCACCAGUAGGCGAGCGAACAGACUGGGUGAUGCAUGAGUAUACUAUGGAUGAAGAAGAGCUGAAAAGGUGUCAGAAUGUCCAUGACUACUAUGCGCUUUACAAGGUCUUUAAGAAAAGUGGGCCCGGUCCUAAGAAUAAUGAGCAGUAUGGUGCACCUUUUAGAGAAGAGGACUGGGUUGAUGAUGAAUGUCCAAGUGCCAAAGUCUCUGUCCGCCGGGUUGAUGAUGAACGCCCAAGUGCCAAAGCCUCUGUCAGCCAAGACACUUCCGCAAAGCAUGUCAAUGAAGCUCCUUCUGUAGAUGGUGGACUUGAGGAGUUGUUGAACAAUACUGCAGAUGAGGCUGUGCUUGUUGAGCCACUUUGUGCCGACUAUGAUUAUGCCCUAGAGCAGCUUGUAUAUGAGGAAGAUACUGAAAGUACAUUGCUAGAUCAUUCAUCAAGGGAAGUUAAUUUUCCCAAUCAUAGUGCUGUGAUUGCCCCAAGCUGCCAGCAGUACCAUGUGAAGGAAAGCUUUGACCUGACACAGUCAGGCACGUCACAGCUACAGUUGCAUGAGGCACCAGAGGUCACAUCUGCUCCCGUUAGUCGUGAACAACAGCGGCAUGUGGUGGAAGAGGAUUUCCUUGAAGAUUAUCUGGAGAUGAAUGACCUUCUUGGUCCAGACCCAAGCAUUCAGAACUUUGAUAAUCCAGAGCUGGGUGUUAAAAACUUUGAUGAGGCCGGACCAAGUGGUCAAAACUUUGAUAAGCCUGCUGGAAGCUUCGAGGAUUUGCAAUUCGAUUACUUGGAUGGGUUGACAGAAUUUGACUUGUAUCAUGAUGCACCCUUGCUUCUUGAUGAUAUUAGAACAACUGAUGUGGGGCAAAUUACUGAACCAUACAUGAACAACUUUGUGAAUGGUGCUGUAAAUCCUGUUUCAACAACGUAUUUAAGCACUUUUCAGAAUGAAAUGGUGAACCGCCAGCCAAUGUACUUGGAUAAUGGAGAACAGAUUAGCAAUCAACUGUGGACACAUGAUCAAAGGUUUAACAUCUAUAACCCCAGCGAGACAAAUCAGUUGGUUGUUCCUCCAGCUAUAUCAGGUGUUGUGUAUGAUAGUAAUUUGGCAAAUCAUCCUAUGGGCGCAAAUCAGAAUCAAAUAGUCAGACAGGAUGAUGGUACACCGUCAUGGUUCUCCUCUCAGUUGUGGGCCUUUGUGGAUUCUAUACCUACCACUCCUGCUGCAGCUGCUGAAAGUCCUCUGGUUAAUGGGGUCUUUAAGCGCAUGUCUAGCUUUAAUAAGUUGAGAAUAAACGCCAGGAACAUGAAUGUUGUGGCAGGUAAUACUGUAACUUCAAGCAGUUCGGGCAACUCUAAGAAUGGGGUUUUUUAUUUUUCUUUUCUCGGAAUACUUUGUGCAAUCUUAUGUGUGUUAGUAGGAACAUUUGUUAAAGUCUUUGGGAGAUACAUAUCCUCUUAAAUAUGUGAAGAAUUUGGUGUUCUAUCAUCUGCUAUCUUGCCGGAAUCAAUGAGAAGCUUAGCAUAUAUCUUUGAGUAAUGCAAAAUCUACUUAGAAGUACGAUGUCUUAAUUCCUCCCUUCCCUUAGUAGCUGCCCACUGACCUCCUCAAAGUAAAAGAAAAUGGAAAAAGAACAAAGAAACGUUCACUUAUUUGAAAACAAGACCAAAAAGAAAGUUGUCACUAGCAAUUUUGACUGAACUUCCGAGAUUAUGUCAUAAGCAAUUUUUACAAAACUUUCCGCUUGGGGAGUUAUGCUUUGCAGGUAUGCAUAUCAUUGGAUGUAAUUCAGUGAGUCCAAGUUGAUUUCUGAUGUGGAAGGUCCUAUGUGGCUUGAAUUUUGAUUUUGUCUCUAGUUUCUUGUUUGUAGGUUGGGAUGGUAAAUACCAUAUUACCACCUCCUUCAGCCCCUCAGUCUGGGGAAGGGCCGGUGGAAGUAUAGGUUUAUUUAUUCGGUCAGGUAAGUUUGGUUUGGUAUGUAUUUUCUUGGCUGUGAUAAAUAUGAGUGACAAAUGUCAGCAUAAUUUAUGCUCA